CUCCCUCAGUCCUGCCGGCAGACGGAGCAGACCUCCGGGAAGGCAGCGCGGAUCGCGGCGCUGCUGCAGCUGAGGAAGAGGAGGAGCAGGAAUGAUGAAGAAUCAGAGGAACUUCUCUCCUUCCUCCUCCUGAACCUCCUGAUUGGCUCUGAGCUUUGCUUCCUUUUCUUUUUGGAGGAAUUUGAGGAGCAGAGAGGUUGUUUUCUGCAUCCUCCUCUUCCUCCUCCUGCCCUGUUUCAUGUGGUCUCACUGACAGCUGGACUCUGCAGGAUCUGGGAGAACCUUCUGGAUCAGCUUUCCUCCUGACCUCGGAGCGUCCAGCAUGGAGCUGGGAGAAGAUGGAUGUAGUGGAGAUGCUUGGAGGCUGCUGGAUGGGCUGAGGAUGAGGAGGAGGAGGACAGGAGGAGGCUACCUGCUGCUCUGCCUGCUGCUGGCGGCACGCGACUCAGCCCAGGCCUCAGAUGCUUCGUCCUCUUCCUCCCUGUCAUCAUCGAGUCCGAACUUUGUGGACUUCAGCUUCAGCCUGGAGCCUCAGGACACGGUAACGGUGCGAGGCGGCGUGCUGCAGCUGGACUGCCAGGCCCAAACGGACGCGGCGGCGGGACCUCCGUCCAUCAAGUGGCGUAAAGACGGAGUGCUGCUGAGCACGGUGGUGGACGAGAGGCGAACACAGCUGGAAAACGGAACGCUGAUGGUCCAGAACGUGGUCCACUCACGGCACCACCGGCCGGAUGAAGGACAGUACCAGUGCCUGGCCACACUGGAAGGACUGGGGAGCAUCGUGAGUCGGACCGCCAGGGUCACCGUGGCCGGCCCGCUCAGGGUGAUUGUUCCCACUGACUCGGUCUCCUCGUUCAUCGGCGACACCGCCCUGCUGCGCUGCGAGGUCUCAGGCGACCCCACCCCCGUCAUACGCUGGCAGAAGAACCGAGACGACCUGCCGCUGAACUUCCAACUCGAAUCCCGGCUGGCGGUGCUGCCGUCCGGCUCUCUGCAGGUCAGCCGGGUCCAGCCGCCGGACUCGGCCACUUACCGCUGCCUGGCCGAUAACCCCGGCAGCACCAGGACCGGUACGGACGCUGAACUCCGAGUUCUCCCAGAACCUGGGCUCAGCAGGAACCUCCAGUUCCUCCAGCGUCCGUCCAGAGUAACGGCUCUCCUGGGAACGGACGCUGUGCUGGAAUGUUCCGCCUCCGGGUACCCGACUCCGAGCAUCCAGUGGAGGAGAGGAGAGGAAGUCAUCCAGAGCUGGAACAAGAAGUUCUCUCUGCUGGCGGGAAGCAACCUGAUCAUCAGAACCGUCACGGACGACGACUCCGGCUCCUACAGCUGCACGGCGUCCAACAAGAACCAGAACAUCACGGCGCAGGCGGAACUCAGCGUCCUAGUUCCGCCUCAGUUCCUGAACUACCCGACCAACACCUUCGCCUACGAGUCCACCGACAUCGAGCUGGAGUGCGCCGUGACGGGAAACCCGCUGCCGGCCGUCCGCUGGAUGAAAAACGGGGAGGAGGUCAUUCCCAGCGACUACUUCCAGAUCGUGGACGGCUCCAACCUGCAGAUCCUGGGUCUGGUCAAGUCGGAUGAAGGAUUCUAUCAGUGCGUCGCUGAGAACUCAGCCGGCAGCUCUCAGGCCAUGGCUCAGCUGCUGCUCCGGGAGCCAGAGGCCACACCCACUCAGUAUGGCCCCGCCCUCACAACCCCUCUUCCUCCUUCUGGCACCCCUUUGACUUACUCCUCCUCCUCUGAUCCCCCACCAGUGUCCCCCAGCCCAGGCGUAGCCCUCCCCUCUGCCCCCCGGGACCUGGUCCCUGUACUAGUGUCCAGCCGAUUCGUCCGGCUCAGCUGGCGCGCCCCAGAGGAGAGCGGCGGAGGCGUGCAGACCUACGGCGUUUACUAUUCCCAGGAUGGAGUUGACAGAGAGAGGUCAGUGAACGUGUCGGAGCCAGAGUCCCUGGAGCUGACAGUUUCCAACCUGAAGCCAGAGGAGACCUACCGCUUCAGAGUGGUCGCCUACAACGAGGCGGGGCCUGGAGAGAGCUCCACCCCCCUAAAGAUCGCCACCCAACCCGACCUCCAGGUCCCCAGCCAGGUGGAGUCUCUGCGAGCCCUGGCUCUGUCCCCGACCGCCAUCCAGGUGAGCUGGGAGCCUCCAAGCCUUCCAAACGGACCCAUCCUGGGCUACAGACUGCUGUGGACCGAGAGCCCGUCUGGAAAGGAACAGAGUGUGGAGGUCAGCGGACUCAACUACAAGAUGGAUGGACUCAACAAGUUCACCGAAUACACGGUCCGGGUUCUGGCGAUCAACCGGUACGGACCGGGAACCGCCUCUGAGACCGUCAGAGUGACCACCCACUCAGACGCUCCCAGCGCUCCUCCUCAGAACAUCAGCCUGGAGGUGGUCCUGUCCAGGGUGAGUCCAGACCACUAG